UUUGCUGGUUAUUCGACCUUAAUUAGUCAACGUUUAUAACAAAACCAUCCCUAGUCUUCUUCUUUCCCAAUCGAAUUACAAACCCUAAAUCAUUCCAUUAGAUCUUCUUGAUCCCUAAGCAAGUCUCUUCGUUAACUUUUGUCUUUCUCCUUAAAAUGGCUACAGAGGAGAUAGACAUGAGUUAUUGGGACGUGUCAUGGGGAGAAUUCAAUGAAGACAAGAACUCGUCUAUCUUCUGCGAGUCACACCCUCACAUAGUAAAUUCGCACGGGAUAUGGGAGGUUAUGACUUUCAAGAGAGGGAUGAACUUCUGGGAAUAUCCGCUCCCGAAUCUCGAGAUCUUAAUCUUUUCUACUUUUUUUAUAUGGCGGCUUCUCGACAUCUCAUUCAACAAAAUUGGUCUUCGAGUACCUAGAUUCACAUAUAUGAUGAUCGCAGGGAUAAUUUUAGGUCAAACUUGCCAUUUCAGCAACAAGUCUUGGAUCCAUGACAUUUUUUUCCCUGAUGAUAACCGACCAAAGGUGGCCGAGACCCUAGGGGCUUUCGGCUUCGUUUUAUAUUGGUUCCUCAAAGGUGUGACCAUGGAUGCCGAAUUGCCAUUUAGGACGGAGAAAAGGUCUAGUGUGAUCGGAUUCAUUACAGUAAUUAUACCCUUGAUUUGUGGCAGCCUCACUUUUAGAUAUAGAGAACGAAGAGGGGACUCAAGCAUAUUAAGGAUGGAAUACAGGUUGAUCAUAUUCUUGCAAAGCAUAUCCGCGUUCACGAGCAUCGACACACUCCUAAAAGACCUCCAGAUCAAACACUCAGAGUUUGGGAGGAUAGCCCUCUCUGGGGCUAUGGUGACUGACAUGUUGGCUUUUGGUGUAACAUUUUUUAAUGCAAUCUACUACGAAAAAUUGUACGGCUUCAUGCAAACCGUAGGUUUCUGCCUCUUUGUCGUCGUUAUGAUAUGCGUUGUGCGGCCGGCUAUGUAUUGGGUGAUCAAGCAGACUCCAGAAGGGAGGCCGGUCAAGGAUUUCUACCUCUACUCGAUUUUUGGGAUUGCUUUCGCCUGCUUCACUUUUUUUAACAAGGUUAUUCAUCUUUUUGGACCCGCGGGAUCAUUUGUUUUCGGCUUGACGGUUCCAAAUGGAUAUCCUUUAGGUACUACUUUGAUUCAAAAGUUUGAGAGCUUUAAUCUUGGCUCUAUUUUGCCACUCUUUGGAUCAUUAACCAUGAUGCAAGUAGAUCUCUUACGGUUGUUCAAAGAGAGUGGAGAUUUAAUACGGAUGGAGGGUCAAAUCUAUGAGGUCAUUUCCUUUAUUCUUUUGGUGAAUACCACAAAAUUCGUUGUUACCACCAUAACCGCGUAUGCUUUUAAAAUGCCCUUGAGAGACUCUUUUGCUUUAGCCCUUGUGCUUAGUAAUAAGGGGAUCUUCGAGCUCGCCUACUACACGUACGCGGUUGAAUUAAAGCUAAUAAGGCCAGAGGUUUUCACAAUCCUAGCUGCCUACACCCUCUUGAACUCUAUCUUUAUACCAAUGCUCUUGGAGCUCGUGCAUGACCCAACCAAAAGAUUCAGAUGCUACCGAAAAAGGAAUUUGGGCAUCUUGAAAGACGGUGCGGCUCUCCAAUGUCUUAUGUGCGUCUACAGACCUGAUCACAUAACUUCCAUGACCGACCUCUUGGAAACUUUUAGCCCAUCACAAGAUUCCCCAAUGGCGUGUAACAUACUUCACCUCGUCGAGCUUGUGGGUCAAGCCAAUCCUAUGUUCAUUUCCCACCAGUUGCAAAAACCAGAGCCCGGAAGUACUUCUCUGUCUGACAAUGUCAUAAUCUCCUUCCGUGGCUUCCAAAGACAAUUCUUUGAAUACACAUCGUUGGAUAUUUUCACUUCCGUCUCCGUGUCCCAACACAUGCAUGAGGACAUUUGUUGGCUAGCCCUAUCCAGAAGCCUAUCUUUGAUUGUGCUUCCUUUCCACCGAACCUGGUCCGUUGAUCGAUCCACGGUUAUCUCCAACGAUGAUAAUCUGAGAAUGCUCAACGUUAACGUCCUGAGACGAGCCCCAUGCUCUGUUGGAAUCUUCGUCUAUCGCAAGCCCAUCGUUGAAUCUCAUAUGGCUAAGUCCCACAGCAAGAUAUGUUUGAUUUUUAACGGUGGAAAAGACGAUAGAGAAGCUUUGGCGAUAACAAAUCGAAUGAGACUGACAGAAAAACGAACAAGGCUAACGAUCAUAAGAUUCAUUCCAAAAUCUUCUGAAAUGGAUAACGAUGAGUGGGAGCAACAGCAAUCGAUUAACCUAAAGGAGUCCGUGACUAGCAUCGUUGGGUCCAACAUCAAAGAAAAUGAUGCCAAGGUGACAUAUAUCGAUAAGGCGGUUUCUGAUGGAUCUGAGACCUCAAGAAUCUUACGAGCAAUGGCAAAUGAUUAUGACUUGUUUAUCGUUGGAAGCGGCAGCGGAAUAGGAACUGAGGCUACUAGCGGAAUUAGUGAAUGGACAGAGUUCAAUGAAUUGGGACCUAUUGGAGAUUUAUUAGCAUCACAUGAAUAUCCUUCAAGUGCAUCAGUGUUGGUUGUUCAAAAACAAGUGUACAUUCAUCAUACAAAAAGCCAAAGGAGAAAAUCUUUCUAAGAAAUAAUGCGAGAUAUGUUCAAUGCUCAGCUUUUCAAUGUUGUAUUUCUCUACAUCAAUAAACAUUAGUUUUAGGCUGCUUGAAGUUAUGGAGUAAUUGAUUCGAGUUUCUUCUGGAUAUGAUGAUAUAAACUUCACGAUUUUUUUAAUCAAAUUUUGAGUUAACAAGAUUAGAGUAAUUUCUUGUGGCAGUGCCUGCUCUAUGAUAACGCCUUCCAACUAUAGCUGCCUUUGUUAUCACAAUUCAAAAAUAUAUAUUCUCUUGUAGUAA